AUGGUUGGAGUGGUGAGUUGUUGGAUUUUUUAUUCAUGUGCUGAAAAAUUCAGCCUGAAAUUAAUUUUAGAUCAAACCAUCGAAAGAACUUUUGAAUGUUUUGAAAAAAUGGGCUGGAGGAAAUGUGAAAUUCGAAAAAUAUGAAAAUCAAUUAGAUGUUAAAUUAAAUCGACCAGAUAAACAUAACUCAUUAAGUGGAACUAUGAUGUUAGAAUUGGCUGAACAUUCAGAGGUUCGAUUAAAAUAUUUUCAAGGUUAUAUCUAACAAUUAUAUUUUCUACAGAAAUUCACAGAUCCAAAAAUAUCUAUAAUUCGGAUUUCCGGUGCUGGAAAAUCGUUUUGUUCUGGAGCUGACCUUGGAUUAAUCAAAGAUAUUUCGGAGAAUAAUCUUGGAAUUGAAAUGUUCGAAUUUAUGUCGAAAGUUUUGAGAAGAAUCAGUUCAUCGAAAGCAAUUUCAAUUGCAAAUAUUCAUGGAUAUGCAUUUGGUGGAGCAACCGAAAUUUGUUCUUCUGCUAAUAUUCGAAUUGCUGAUGCAAAAUCGAAAAUCAAGUUUUCUCAAAGUAUGAUGGGAAUUGUUCCUUCUUGGGGCGGAGCCGAAUAUUUAGAGGUUUGUUUUUGAAAUUUCAAUUUUAUACUGCUCAGAAGAGCAGAUCACUACAACUCCAAAAGUAAAUUCGGGAUUGUGCGGUCAUCAAGCCAUAAAGGCUGUUUCACGCUCGCAAUCUGCCCGUCUCCCUUUCAUCGCAGUUGGCAUCAUUACCAGAUAAUUGGGAAUUACGAGAUACAUACUGCAGAAAUGAUUCUGUAUAGUAUGGUCUCAAAAAUUCUCUCUUUCUCUGCAGAGGUCUAUAGAAUGUGUGGCGGACAUUUGCCGUGUAUUGCAUUCUAUCAUCUUUUGUGUAUGCUUUGCUCCGCCCCCUUUUUUCAUUUGUGUUGUGUGCGAAGAAAAUGUUUGUUUUUCAUCGGAUUUUUUCUUGCAGGAAAUAAUGGGAAGAGGCCGUGCUCUUUCAGCAAUGUGUCGAGCAAAUGUAAUGACUGCUGAAGAAGCUGAAAAACUUGGAUGGAUCGAUUUUGUUUAUAAAAAUGAAGAUGAAGCUAAUGUGAAUAACAAAAAGCUUUUCAAGCAUAAAACCCUAAUUUUUUCCAGAAAUUUCUCCAAGAAUUUACUUCAUCUGGUUAUAAGGUUGUUCAAGCUCAAAAAGCAAUGUUGAAUGCUGUGAAAAAAUACGAAUUCGAGAAACAAAAACAUAUUUUGGAUGGAGUUUGGAAAGGUGAAACACAUAAAAAUGCACUGAACAAACAAUUUGAAGCGAUUGUUAAAAAAUCAGGAAAUUAA